ACAUCCCAUGGUGGCCCUGCCUUCAACUCACCUCAACACCAAACUCUGAUCCCCCGACUACAUCCUCGCUUUCCAUGCCGUCGCGACUGCAAGCACCCCCUUUCGUUCGUCCGCACACGCCAUCUAGCCGCGCCCAUGCGCCGAUAACCGAGCAAGCCAGCCAGAAGCAGCAGGCGGCGAGGCGCUAGAGCCAGGAAUAUCUCGUUUCGCCCCGCGACGAAACCGCGACAUGCCGCCAUGCAGCACCUCUGGCUCGCGCAAACCACGGCCCUCCUUCGCCUCUGGUACCGCACUCUCCUCGCCAAAUGCCAAGAAGCCGCAGGAGCGAUCCGCGCUGGUGCUGCUGCCGGUGCCAGUGCCGGCGGCAGCGGCGGCGCGAUCCAGGGGCAAAUCGGGCGGAUAGGACAGUUCGGUCGGCGCAUAGGGCAUCAGAUCGGGGACCAGGUCGGCAAGCUUCACCUUGCCGGACGCCGGCGAUGGCUUUUUCUAAGCGUCUUCAUCCUCGCGUCCGCGACCAUGCAGAUGUCGUGGCCCGUGCGGCACCACGGGAAGCGACACGCCGCCACGGCGCUGCUCCCUGCGUCCUCGAUAUCGGCCACCUCGUUACUGGCGAUGCAGCAGCGAGGCGGUGGGGAUGACGAUAGCGGGGAUCGGCGGGUGAUGGGCGAGGAUGAGCUGGCGUUUGGUGACCUGGGCGACUGGACGAGCCAGAGGCAGCGGGGGGGGGGAGCGGAGGGGGCUUGGCCUACAGAGCAGGGAGGGAAAGGAGAGAAGGGAGAGACAGGAGGAAACGUUAGCAGUUCGCCUUCGCGAAACUGGCUGGGAGGGCUCGGGGGGACAGAGAAGGCGAAUGGGAGCGAGGGUCGCUUGGGUGGGAGUGGGGAGGUGGGGGGAUGGGCAAACAGGAGUGCGGGAGGGGAUGAGGGGAAGGUGGAGGGAAGUGAUGGGGUGAAGGCGGAAAGAGUAGAUCGAAGAGAAGAGGGAGGCGUAGCAGGAGGGGUUGGGAAAGGGGAUGAGGCGGGAGGAAAGGGAGGCACAGGGGGCGGAGGAGGAGGAGGGGGAAGUGGGGCAGGGGAAGGAGGCGGAGGGGGGGGGAGAAGGGGAAUGGAAGGGGAGGGAGGAGCAGGACGAGAAUCGGUGGAGGGUGGAAUUGGUGUGCAAAGUAGUGGCGGAAAGCCAAGGGAGGGAGAUGCAGAAGACAGAGGUUAUUUACAGAGGGAGCAGAGGUCUUAUGGAUAUUGGCGGGCAGGGGGCGGGGGGGGGGGCGGGGGCGCAGGCGAGGGAGGGGAAGGAGGACGGGGAGGGGGAGGGGGAGGGGGCAGCUGGGACGCAGCGAGGAGUGGCGGAGAGGUUGCGAUGGAAGGAGGAGGUACAAAGGAAAAGAGAAUGGACGAGAGAGAGAGGUUCGAGAGGGAAGGGAGAGAGCGGUGGGCAGGCCGCGGAUGGGGGGGGGAAGGGCAGGCGGGGAGGAGGGAUGGAUUGGGGGCGCGAGAGGAAAGAGGCGGGGAGAAGGAGAGCAGAAGAGAAGGGGACGGAGAAGGGGAGGGAGGCGGAAUGUCGUCUGUAGAGAAAAGGCAAGCGCCAGGUAUGGCGGACAAGGAUGGCGCGGAUUGGACGAGAGGAUGGAGAGGGAAUGACAGUGAUGUGAGUAGUCAUGCAAUCAGGCACAGCAGUGGGACGGUGGGGGAGAAGGGCAGUGGGACGGGGAUAAAGGGAGAUGGAGGUGCGUUGGUGGGCGGGGGUGGGGUGGGGUCUCCAGAGCAACCAGCGACGGGGUUGGGAGGGCGACCAGGGGCUGUAGCCGGGGAGGCCGGUGUACCAGGAGUGAAGGUAGGGGAGGGGAAGGUCUCAAUAGGGGCUGGGACAGGGGCACAGGUACGGGCAGAGGCAGAGAGCGGGGCAGGAGGGGCUGUGGGAGGGGCCGGGGCGGGGGCAGGAACAGGGGCACGUUCAGGAGGAGUCCAAGGGUCAGUGGCAGGGCCAGGGGGAGCAGGAGGAGGAGCAGGAGGAGGAGCAGGAGAAGGAGGCAGUGUGAAAGGCACAGCCGCAGCUGAGGCUUCGGUGCAACCUGACGUGCAUGUGGUGGCAGAGGGUCUGCUGCCCAACCGCCUGCGCGCGGUUUGCGUGGCGCACGCCCUGACGCGCGCCUCAGGCCUCUCCGUGCGCCUGCACUGGCGCCAGCAUGUGCACCUGCCGCCCGGUGCCGCACUUACAGGCCCAGGCUCAGGCCCAGGCACAGAUACGCGCCUGGACACACGGCUAGGCACAGGCGCAGGCACAGGGGCAGGAGCAGGGGGAGGGGGAGAGACAGGAGCAGGGGCAUUGUCGUCUAGCAGCAGCGCGAGUGGUGGGAGUAGUAGUGUGCCGGGGUUGGUGGCGGCAGUGUUUGAUGAUUUGCUGAUGCCGCUGCCGGGCAUGACAGUGGACGUGCACGAGGAGGUGGUGCUGCGAGGGGGCGGCGAGCAGGGCAAGACCUGGCCGGAGGGGGGGGCAAGUGGAGGGUUCACGCCCCCUGCUGGGUUUUCGCUGCAGAAGCUGCCCUUGGAGUCGCCUGCGUGUGGCCCCGCGCCCUUCCACCAGCGCCACCCCGUCCCCAUCCUGCUCUACUUCUCCCCUCUUGCCCUGCGCUCCCACCAACUUCAAGAGAGUGUGCAGGCCAUCAUCAACGCCACGUCAGCCUGCCAGCUGGCGGCGCCUCUCAAGACGUGCUACAGCCAGCUGGCCCCUGCGCCACCUGUGGACCAGCUGAUGGCCAAUGAGAACAUGACACGUGUGCGCGAAUCCAUGGGCGUGUACCUUGAGGGCCCCACCUCAUCCCCAGCCCUCUACGGCGGCUUUCUCUGCCCGGCCCCCUGGGUGCUCAACUGCUCGCUGCACCACCUGCUGCUGCACCUCCUCCGCGCCCCCAACACGUCCUUCACCGCGGCCUCCUUCUUCCCCUCCUUCUCCACCGUGCUCUCACGCGCCCUGCACCCCUCGCUCCUGCCCCUGCUGCUCCGCGCCUCCACACGCCGCUACUCGCUCUGCUCCUUCUUCCGCCCGCCCUCGCUGCCCAUCCGCCCGCCUGAGCUGUCCAUUAGAGACUGGAACGAGAGGCGGAAGAGGCAGGAGGAGGGGGGUGGGCUCAUGGGGGAGGCUGGGGUGGCGGAGGGACGGAUGGGAGGAGGGGGAGGAGGGGGCGGAGGCGGAGGAGGCGGAGGCGGAGGGGGAGGAGGAGGAGGAGGGGGUUUGAGUGGGCGUAGGGAAGGAGUGGCGUUAGACUUGGGGUUAUCGGCUGUGGAGAGGCAGCGGGCAGCCAGUGGGUUUGGCAGCCCAAGCAACGCCUCUCGCGCCACAGCAGGACCCAAGAGGCGUCUCCUGCAGGCUCAGCCGCAGCCUCAGGCUGGGCGUGGCGUGCCGAGAAGGCCGGGCGGGAAGCCUGGGAGGAAGGGCAAGGCGUACCCUCUGGAUGUUGCCCGGCAGUGCGACCAGCUGUGGCUAGCGGAGCUGUUCCUUCUGGGCCGCACGCGCUCCCUGCUGCACCUGGCUCGCUCCGUGGAGUCGGACUUCAUUGCGUCGCAGGCCGCUGCAGUGGAGGCUGCGGAGCAGCUGGAAGCAGAGGCGAAUGCAGUGCUGGCAGGCAUUGACGUGUUCCUGGCGCUCUACCACAACAAGAAGAGCAGCGAUGGGAAGGGCACGAGUGGCGGGGGCGGUGGUGCUGGUGCUGGUGGGAAGGGAGGAGGUGGGGGUCAGGGGAGUGGUGGGAGUGGGAGGUUUGCGGUGCUGCCGCUGAUUCCGAGCACGGCGCAGGCCACCAGCUUGUUUUCUCGCAGCACAGUGGCGCAUCAGCUUAUAGUGGAUGACUCCCUCAGCACGCUCUACUGCUUCAUCCCCAAGGUGGCCUGCACGUCAUGGAAGGUCUGGUUCCGCACGUACCACCGCCUGCCCAGCGCCGCCAGCAUCGAGUGGGCGCACGCCACGGACGCCAACGGGCUCCCGGAGCUCUGGUUCGCAUUCGACGAGGCCGCUGCGCUCCGCACGCUCUCGUCCAGAAAGCUGUUUCGGUUUGUGUUUAUGAGAGACCCGUUUGCGCGCGUGGCGUCCGCGUAUCUGGACAAGCACGUGGCGGGGGGCGUGGGGAGGAAGGGGAGGCGGGCGAGCGGCAGCGAGGAGCGGGUGCUGAAGGGACGGCAGCAGUGGAACAUGCUCUUCUUCUCGCGCGUGCCCAAGCUAUUGGCGCAGCUGGCAAACCCGGUGUCGCACCUGCUGUCGUUCCACGACUUUGUCUUCCUCAUCGAGCGCGUCCCCAAGGACUGGCUCGAGCCACACAUCGCUCCGCAGGCACGCCUCUGCGGGCUGCACGACAUCAAGUACGACUUUGUGGGGCGCCUGGAGUCGCUGCAGCGCGACGCCGCCAUGGUGCUGCAGCGCAUGGGCGGGCUGCCCUCCUACGACCUCUUCUCCACCCCCGCCUCUGCCGCCUCACUCGCCGACGCCGGUGCCGAUGCUGACCCUGCCGCUGUCGCUCUCGCCAUCAGCGCCGGUGCUGCUGGUGGCGCUGGUGCUGCUGCUGCUACUGCUGGUACAAACACGUCGCAGCUGGGUGUGGGGCAGUUCCACGUCACGAACGCAGCAAGCAAGCUGCUAGACCUGUAUGAUAAGGAGACGUAUGAGCGUGUGAAGCGCAUAUACUGGGUGGAUCUCAGCAUUCCUCUCAACAAUGUCACUGCAGAUAUUCCUCGCGUGUUGAGAGAGAAGUUUGAAAUGCCCAAGAAAGCUCCCACGAGGCACUGACAUAGGGAAACAGUGAUUGCAGUUAAUUAUGGCCACUGGCCGGCCCUCAAAUGCAUAGAAUCAAACUCUCUAGUGUUGUAUUGUAUGCCCUCGAGCCAAGUCUUCCUCUUCUCAAAACGAAGGACGAAGAUUUUGAGAUUCCAUUUUGUAGCUUAGCUUAAAGCGAGGGUCUCAAGUGUCAAAUGUAAUUUAGGUUGUUAUUGUAGACUAUACAGGAUUGUGCCUUAGAGGGUACAACACCCUAGUCUAUAUAUC